AUGACGAUCGUCAACGGUUUCAGGGCCAGUCGCAACUUGAAAUUGACGCCGAACAAGGGGGGCAGACGGGCAAAAUCUGGGCAAAAUGUUCUCGCCGUUUGGGAUGGAUCCACAAUGCGCUGGGGCAAGACGGCGAGAGAGAACCAGCCUGCGAAAAGCCUCCUCCUCGGCAUGCGAGCUUCUGUCAACCCGCACAACACAGCAUAUACACAGUACAUACUGCUGCAUUACCGUGCUCUAGCCUCUUCAAAGACUCCCUCGAAAACGGCCUCGGGUCUUCCGCCAAGGCACCUCGGUGGGCGACUCUACUGGUCUUUUCCCGCGCACCCUUCAAUUUCAAAAUCUCCCACGCUCGUAAGACGACCAGUUUUCGCACCGCGUCAGGAUGCAUGGGGACGGGCCACUAACACGGAGCCGGUCGAGGACGACAUUGAACAGGAGUGGUACACUCGGUCGCAGAGGUAUCAAGGACCCACACCACUACUGCGUUCAAACACUACCAAGACAGGACGAUCGAAACGCCGGCAGUCAACCUCCAACCAACCUUUGGACCUUGGGGAGGAUGGUGGCAUUCACGUGUGGGCCUACGUCGCAAAGGCUCUGACUUGCUGUUUCCCACCUGCUCUCCUUGCGUGCUGUAAAAUCAAUGGUUCUGGGCCACAGCAGGCGUGGAGGGAGAAGGUCGCCCUAUGCUGGAUUGUCUUUCUUCUCAGCGCCUUUGUGAUGUUUUUUGUCAUUGGGCUCAAUCCGUUACUGUGCCCAGAGUCUGCCCGACUUCAGAAAGCUCCGCGAAACCAACCAGAUUCGUUGGUUAUCAACGGCAUCAUGUACGAUCUCUUGUUGAGUCCCGAAAACGUGCGCUUAGCAUUUCGGGAUGCGAAGGGCGCUGAUGCCACCGACUUCUUCGCACCCGCGGAUCCUGAUCCCAACAAUCCUGAUCCCUGCAAGGAUCUCAAGACCGGCAAAUACCCUUUUGCAGCGACCACCAUUGGACCAGCAUGCCUCAAUUCCGACACCUGUUUCCCACGAACUGGUCUGGUGCGGUUCAAAACGUUGCGAGAUCGCAAAACAAGAGUCGAUGAGCACGCAGCGUACGAGUGGGAAGAGAUUGUGAACCGGAACUUCAGUAUGUAUAUGGAUACGAUUCUCGACCUCACACCUUACUACCGGGCUGCGCCUCCCGACCCCAACAAUGCGAUCCAUAAGCUACUCUAUUCGUUACGCGAUAAGCCGAAUAACGAUGCAACGCGUGCUCUCGUGACGAGUCAAGCGAUGAGUGAGGAUCCUAGAGCGCUGAAGUGUCUAGUGAACAAGUUCGCGGCUGGAGUUAUUGCUCAACAGUCGGUCAGUUGCAACGCGUCCACGGUCUUGUCGGCCCUUAUGUCCGUCGUCGUCCUUGGUGUGCUCCUUGCGAGAUUCGCCAUGGCGGUCUUCUUUGACUGGUUCGUCUCGCACCGUCUCGCGCAAACCCCGGAGCCGGAGAAGUUGUCUCGCCCAAUGUAUCCAUCGAGCACCUCGAUCCACAAUCCGGCUGACAGGAAUCCGCAUCGCCAUGAUAUCGAAUUGGUGCCUAGCCCGAAGCAUGAUGGAGCUUUGGUGAAGAAGGCUGCGGUUCAAAGUUUCGACUCUGCCAACAUUGGUCUCCACUUGUACACCAUCCUUCUGGUUACCUGUUACUCCGAAGGACGGGAAUCCUUGCGGAAUACCCUGGAAUCGUUGGCUGCAACGGAUUACAAAGAUAGUCGGAAGCUGCUUUUCGUCAUCGCCGAUGGUAUCAUUACCGGAAAAGGCAACGGCAAGAGCACCCCAGAUCUCCUUCUGGACAUGAUUGAGAUUGAUGGCACUUUUGGAAACGACCCGAAGCCCUGUAGUUACAUCGCCGUCGCGAGUGGUGCCAAAGCACACAACAUGGCGAAAGUUUACGUGGGACACUUCCGUCACGCCGGGCAUCGCGUCCCGAUGGUUAUAGUCGUCAAAUGCGGCGCUCCCGAAGAAGCAUCAGAAGCAAAGCCCGGAAACCGUGGAAAGCGUGACUCCCAGCUCAUUCUCAUGCACUUCUUCACCCGUGUUAUGCUCAACGACCGCAUGACACCCCUCGACUACGAACUCUUCAGGAAGAUUCAGCAUGUCAUGGGUGUCACCCCCGACUUUUUCGAGAUCGUGCUGAUGGUUGACGCCGACACGAAAGUUGCGCCGGACUCCCUCGGCUUGAUGAUCAACGCCAUGCACAACGACGCCUCCAUCAUGGGUCUUUGCGGUGAAACUCGAAUUGAGAACAAGACCCAGUCAUGGGUGACGGCCAUUCAGGUGUUCGAGUAUUACAUCUCCCACCAUCUCGGCAAAGCUUUCGAAUCCAUCUUUGGAGGUGUGACCUGUCUUCCCGGGUGUUUCUGCAUGUACCGCAUCAAAGCCCGCAAGGAGUUUGGUGACUGGGUCCCGAUUUUGGCCAACCCGGACGUUGUGGAGACGUACUCGACGAAUGAGGUCGACACAUUGCAUCAGAAGAACUUGCUGUUACUGGGAGAAGAUCGGUUUUUAACGACUAUGAUGCUGCGGACCUUCCCGAACAGGAAGAUGGUGUUCAUUCCCCGUGCGGUGUGCAAAACGGUGGUGCCCGACGACUUUGCGACUUUGCUCAGUCAGCGUCGUCGGUGGAUCAACUCCACGGUGCAUAACCUUGCUGAGCUGGUUCUGGUGAACAAUCUGUGUGGAACGUUCUGCUUUUCUAUGCAGUUCGUCGUUCUCCUCGACCUGAUCUCCACAUUCGUUCUGCCAGCGACCGUCGCCUCAAUGUUCUACAUCAUCGUCUUCACCGGAAUCCAAUACGCGCACUCCAGCAUCGCCACUGGCCAAAUUAUUACAAUUAUCACUCUCUUCGUCGUGACGCUCUUCCCGGCCUUCGUCGUCUUAUGCUCCCUCCGGAGAUUCCAUUACCUGUUCUGGAUGUUGCUGUACAUCAUGGCCAUCCCCAUCUGGAACUUGAUCCUGCCUCUUUACGCCUUCUGGCAUUUCGACGAUUUCUCAUGGGGUGCGACUCGUCAAGUCGAUGGAGUGAAAGAAGACACCCACGGACACGGCGGAGACAGCGGAGCUGGAUUCGACGGAAGCAAAGUACCGCUGAAAAGGUGGGAGGAGUACGAACGGCAAUGGAGACGCGAGAAGGUCGAGGCGUACAUGCGAGCCAACCCCGGCGCGCAGUCCCCACAAGGCCAGUACUCGCACAACCCCUGGGAUUCUGGCCGGAACGGACCGUUGGGAGGCAGGGGCCACCGGCGCUCGGACUCGGACUCCACGGGCAGCUCCGACAUAUCCACCAUGUACGAGCGGCCCGGCGAGCCCUUUGCUAAGAACAAGCUCGCUGUGCACUCCAGCGAAGCCCUGCUGGCCUCCCCGCAACGCAACCCGAUGUCGCGGCCGCCGGGGUACAAGGGCGGCCCGCAGCAACAACGACACGGCACCGAACCGCUGUUGCCAUACCAGCAACAACGAAUGAUGUCGAAUCCCUCGUACGCCGGCACGCCGCCGGGAUCGCCCUCGCACGGCGGCGGUUCGCCUUCCGCGUCCCCGCGCCCGCAAUUCCCUUUCCCGUCGCAGCACUACGAACAGCCGCGCGCUGGAUCGGUGGCGUCCUUCCAUUCCACUAAUUCGGCGACGACAUUACCAAUCCCGCCGGGACUGUUCAGGGCGAGAGAAAGCAUGCCCGGGCCGCAGUCGCAGGGCGCAUCAACACCGCCGAUACAGACGUCCGGGUCGGACCUACCAGUGUACAUCUCGCCACACGCCCCUCAGCGUCCCAACACUCCCGCGAAGAGCAAGAGUCAUUACGAGAUUUGA